GGGUACGGCAUUCAAGGCCAACACAAAGGUACGGACCAAGUUCGGGAAGCCAAAAUUGACUUCCUAACACAGGAGUACGAGAUGUUUAGGAUGAAGGAAGGCGGAAAGAUCGAUGACAUGUUCGAUCGGUUCUCCAAGAUCAUCAACAACCUUCAUUCCCUCAAGAAGACUUACGCCAACAAGGAUCUCGUGAGGAAAAUCCUGCGGAGUCUCACACCCGAAUGGAGAUCAAAGGCUGACGCAAUCUACGAAUCCAUCGGAGUCUCCAACGUCACCAUCGACGGGCUAACAGGUAACCUCAAAACUUAUGAAUCUACUAUUCUAACCCCGUCUUUGGAUGAACAAAAGAAGAAAGGAAUAGCGCUCAAAGCAACCAAGGAGACCGUGGAAGAAGUCUCAAGCGAUGACGACAACGAGUUCGGACUCGUCAUCAAGAAAUUUCACAAAUUCAUGAAGAAGGAAUUUGAACGGAAAGGAAGAAAGCACGACGGUACCCCGAAGUGCUAUGGCUGUGGCGAGAUAGGCCACAUCAAGCCGAGGUGUCUAAAAGGCAAAAGCGGCAAGGACAAACCUGGCUUCAAAAAGCAACGUGCCUAUAUCUCAUGGGGUGGCGACUCCGGCGACGAGUCAACUGACCAAGAAGAGGAAGAAGCCGCCAACCUUUGUCUCAUGGCACACGAAGACCAUGCCGACAAAGUACAAGAGGGACGGUUCGAGGUGAAGGAAUCCGGAAGUCAGGGGGAACCGGCAAUGGGUGGGUUACACCAUCGCUGGGAGGGAAGUUCUCUUUUUUUCAGAACCCCUCUUCCCAUCGAUGGCAGCACCAAUCUCUACGACAUAGAGAUUGACUUGCCGACAUUUGCACGGAUCACAGGGCUGCCCAUUCGCGGUGACGACAUCGCGACGUACGGUGGCAACGAUUGGAUUCUCAAUAACGAGGCGGUCGUCAUUCGCGAGCUUGGGAUCACCAACUUGAUCCGCCACAGCGGCGCACCGACAAUCCAUUCGGCCCCACCAGACGAGCGCCUCCUUCUCUACAUCAUCACCCGGAUUCUUCACCCCCGGGACAGCAGCCACACCUCGCUCUUCAACGAGGACUUGAAAGCGAUUCAUGCCAUCAUGCACGGCGCCUCCAUCAACUGGGCGAAAUUCAUCAUGAUUCACAUGGCGGAUUGUGCCUCCAUCGCCACCGAGGGGAGCUUGCCAUACGCCUUCCUCGUCAUGGACCUCAUCGUCUCCGCCGACAUCCACAUCGUCGGGCCAAGCACGAAGAUGACAAAGCUGUGGGUCAUCGCCGACACCACCUUCAAGAAGAAGUCCGGAGACCACGACGGCACCGGACCGAGUCGUGCCCGUGCCCCUGCCCCCGCUCCUGCCCGGGCCUCAUUGCAGUCCAUAGCCGACACCCUAAAUCGGUUGACCCUCACGGUGGAUGACAUGGGGCAGUACAUGGAGCGGAUGGAUUGGACGCUCCAACGUCAACACCACGACAUGACGGCGUUCUUCCGCUACAUCAACUACGUCCCGCCGCCCUUUGACGGCACCAUCCUCGGCCAAAACUUCGAGGGCGAGGAUGAGGAGGACGACUCCUACGCUCCGUCCUCCUCUCCCGACGAGGCCGACUUUGAGGACGCAGUCGACGGCGAUCCCAUGGACGUCGAGGACGAGGACGCCGAUACACAAAAGGAUACAGAAACUCCACAGAAACAUGAACCCCUGAAAAAUCUCCCCUCUGCUGAGCUCCACCUUCACCCCUCCACUACUGAUUCCUCAGCCAGUAAACAACAAGGAACACCUGAAAACAAAGACUAUCAGGAUGAGAUCCAUGAAGAAAUCCUCAACUACUACAACACCCUUUUCAUGUAUAAAGAAUCCCACAAUGACAGAUUCACUUCUAAUAUCCCUAACCUUAUCACUCAGAUGGACAACAGCAGCCUCACCUCCCUUCCAGAUGAAAAUGAAGUAAAAGAAGAUGUUUGGUCACUAUCAGCAGACAGUGCUGCUGGACCUGAUGGGUUUAAUGGUCAUUUCUAUAAAACUUGUUGGGAGCAAAUCAAAGUGGACUGCACAAAAGUUGUUCAGGAGUUUUUCUUGGGGAUCCCUAUCCCCAAAAUAUGUGCCCAGACAACUAUCAUCCUAAUCCCAAAGAAGGAAAACUCUCAAUCCUGUGAGGACUAUAGACCUAUUUGCUUGUCCAAUUUCUGCUGCAAGAUUUUCUCCAAAAUCCUCUCCCAAAGAUUGAGCUCCAUUCUUCCCAGAUUGAUCUCACCUGAACAAGGGGGGUUUGUAAAAGGAAGGGUGAUCCAUGACCAGGAGACCCUCUCUCCCCUCUCCCCUCUACUCUUCAUCCUUGCAUCUGAAGCCUUCAGCAGAACCAUCAAGAAGGAAACUACUUCUGGAGCCCUCUCCCCAUACUAUCUUGGCAGGCACUACACCCCUAUAACCCACCUUGCCUUUGCUGAUGACCUUAUACUCUUCACUAAGGGAGAUUCCCCUACUGUCACUAGCAUCAAAUUAUUACUUUCAGACUAUGAGGACUGCUCUGGUCAACAAAUCAACCGGGGAAAAUGCUCUUUUUACAUCCCUAAGAAGACCCCCCUGGCUACCCAAAGAAGAAUUCAAACCAUCCUCGGAAUGAACAAAGGCAUCCUCCCCUUCAAAUACCUGGGCAUUCAAAUCCAUCAUGGAAUCAACAGAAAACCCUAUUGCAAUGACAUCCUUAACUUGUUUGACAGUAAACUUAAAGGAUGGUACCAUAAGCUGCUUAGUCAGAGUGGAAGGUUAACCCUCAUCAAGCAUGUCCUUAACACCAUGCCACUGCAUAUGUUGGGCUGCAGUAAACUUCCUAAGAGCAUCAUCAAAUGUCUCCAUUCCAAAAUGAAUAAUUUUCUUUGGGGCCAUGACAAAGACAACAAGAAGUACCAUUGGUCCUCUUGGGAGAAGCUAUGCUUUCCUAAGGAUGAGGGUGGGUUGGGAAUCACUGAUCUCAACACUCUGCAACUUGCCUAUGGUUUCAAAAUGUGGUGGACAUAUACUCAGAACAACUUCCUUUGGGCAAACUUCAUGAGGGCUAGAUACCCUAGGGGACUCUCCAUAGCCCCAAAAAUCAUUGACUCAGUCUACUGGAAAAGGCUUUAUGAGGUCAAUAGUAUGGAAGAUAACCACUUGAGCAUUGACACCCAGGGCAGAAUUCUAUGGCAUAAUGGAGAGGUUGGUUUCAGCUUAAAGAAGGCAAAGAAUUCUUUGAGAGAGAAACAACCCAAUCACCCCUUCACCAAACUUUCCUGGAACUCCAAACAAAGCCCUAAACACUCUAUCUUCCUUUGGAAACUGUGCUUUGGCUACCUCCCCCUUCCCCACUCACUAACUAGAUUGGGAUUUCAACUCCCCUCUGUUUGUUUCUUGUGCAGGAACAGUGACGAGACUACCACCCACCUAUUCAGGAACUGCCCUUUUAGCAACCAAAUCUGGAACUACUUUGAACAAAUAUUUUCAAUUUGCAGGAAUACCAGCCAUGGAAUCCUAACCUACUUGACAAAUUGGUGGAAACAAGUUCCAGAGCUAACAUCCAAGAACUUGAGGACUUCCUCGUCAGGGGUUGUUAUAGCAAGUUCAAAUUGCGCAGAAUCAGCAACCGAGAUAUACUCUUCAUUUUCAAACGGGAGGGAGACUAUCUAUGAUGGUUCUCUCGCCGGCGUUGGUCCAUUAAAGGUUGCAUCACUUCUUGGUAAGCCUAUUAAUGUGGAUUCCAACACUUCAAUUGGAGUUUAUCCGUCCAAGCCUAGAUUUUGUGUUGAAAGAGACCUUUCUCUCCCUUUUCCUGACCAUAUUCACAUCCGUCUUGGGAGCAAGCACAUUCGUGUUCCUUGCGGGUUUGAAAACCCCCCAGCUUACUGCUCUUUUUGCUCUAUAUUUGGUCACUCCACUUCAGCUUGCCGGAAAAGAAGUGGUCUGAACCUCACCGGAGUUGCUCGAUUCAGUGAGGUGGGGCACAUUGGAGAGGGGAAAUCCAGGGAUCUUUCUGUUUGGAAAGAGAAGAUAGCCCUUUUGAUACCUCAGAGAUUAGGCCUCUCGCAAUGGAUGCCUCUCACUGCAGCCCCAAUUCACUACCUUUCCAGAAAUUCAGAUAGUCUUCGUUGCCCCGUCAAACUCACAACAUGGAGACCCGAAGCAAAUCCAGUAAGAAAGUCUCUUGGCAGCGAAUUUGAGCUACAACAUCUCCCUAGAGCCUGCAGUGACCACAAAGCCCUCCUUCUUUCUUGCUCGGUCAGCAGUAAUAAAGGCCCAUUAGCUUUCAGAUUUCUAAACCCUUGGAUCCACCACACAAAUUUCAUUCCAGUUGUCAAGGAAUGCUGGACCAAAAGCCCUAUUGUUGGCGGUAUGCAUGGACUUGUUGCCAAACUCAAGGAUCUCAAAACUUGUCUCAAGGCUUGGAACAUGGAUGAGUUCGGUCAUAUUUUAGAUAACCUCAAGAAUGCUGAUAUUUAUGCCAAUACCACCCAGCAGCUAUACGAAGAUAACCCAACGGAGGCCAACCGUAUAAGAAACAGUUCCCAGAUUCGUGAUGCGGCAAUAACCCAUUUUUCCAGCCAGAUCAUGGCCCAUGCCGAACCACCCCCCUUGCACAACCUAUCUCAUAUACCUUCCCUCCUUUCAGAGAUGGAAAACACCAUGAUUACUGCCCUCCCCACCUUGGAGGAGGUCAAAAAUGCUGUUUGGGAUCUAGACAGCAACAGCGCCUCAGGACCUGACGGCUACAACGGCCUUUUCUUUAGAACCACUUGGGAUAUCAUCAAGGAAGACAUGCUUAAAGCCUCCAAAGAAAUCUUUUUAGGGAAAACAUUUGGAGGAAACGUCAUCGUUAAAAUAGACAUGGCAAAGGCGUUUGACACCCUACGGUGGGACAACCUUGGGGCGAAUCUUCUUCAGUUCGGUUUUAGCAACAAAGCAGCUAGCCUUCUCAUGGCUAAGCUUAGAGGCCGUAUGCUCUCAGUCCUCAUUAACGGGCAACCUGCUGGCUACUUUCCCAUGACUAGGGGUGUCAAGCAAGGCGACCCUCUUUCGCCUCUUCUUUUCGUUAUUGCAAGUGAAGGUUUGUCUCGGCUACUUAACAGAAGCAUGGAGGAAUCCCAUAUCCACCUUUACAACAUGGGAAGUGUGAAGUUUAUAGGCCACCUCACCUAUGCUGAUGACAUAAUGAUCUUUACUAAAGGUGACUCCAUCAAUCUUCUCAAACUCAGGAAGCUACUGGAUGAAUACUCUUCAGAUUCUGGUCAGGUCAUUAAUUCAGCCAAGAGCAAGUUCUACGUCAAAGAAACCACAAACAGUACCCACCUGCAGAACAUGGAAAAAAUUCUGGGCAUGCAUUUAAGAACCUUACCCUUCACCUACCUUGGAGCUACCAUCUACAAAGGGCAACUUAAAAAAUACCACUGUGGCAACCUCAUGGACCACUUUGACAAGCACAUUCACUCGUGGAUGGCCAAUUUCUUUUGGGGAAGAAGGCACAGCAGCCAACUACACCACUGGAAGAGCUGGAAAAAUCUUUGUCAACCCUCAAGCGCUGGUGGGCUGGAUAUUAAGGAUCUUCACACACUUCAACAGAACCAAUUGAUCAACCUUUGGUGGCGGGUGAAUCAUGAUACGGGUGUCUUGGCUAACACCAUGCAAGCCAUUUACAUGCGCAAGGGGACAAUCAAAGAGAAGCUCACUGAUUCCACGCCAUGGAAGAGAAUUUGCCGGGUUCACUCCUUCGUUGUCACUCACAUUAAUGAUUCUGUGCAACCUCCACUUUGGGAUGGGAAACCGUUCUCCUCCAAGAAUAUCCUCCUUUCUCUUUAUGGCGUAAUACCUUCCCGGCUUUCGUGCAAGUACAUAUGGCAUAAAUCCCAGACCCCUAAACUCCGAGUCUUCCAAUGGAAAGCGUUCAUGAACAGCCUACCCUUCCCUGAAUUAACCAAGCGCUUCAGCUCCUGUCUCUCCAGCCAAUGUCUGCUAUGUAAGCAAGCAGAAGACUCCUUAGACCAUACUCUUGGAAAUUGCAAGUUUGGUUACCAGGUCUGGAAGUAUUUUUGCACUCUCAUCGAUGCUCCCAUGUCAGCGCCCAACCUCAAACUUAACCAAAUUUUCAUCAGUUGGUAGUUCUCCGAACAGACAUAAUAAUACAAGUACACAUGAAAAUUAAAGUACAGAUUUUAAACAUUUAUUUUAAAAAGCAUGCUCCUUAUAGUUUUUAAAGAAAAUAUUUUAGUUUGUUUAUGAAGAAAAUUAAAUAAAUAUACCUUUUGAGAAGAACAAGGAUUCUAGGAUUUUGAGCAAAUUCGUGCUGAUAACGUGUUAUAAAAUGAGAGAAAAACUACUCAGAGAUUAUGAGAAUAGAUAUAAUAUAUUUCUGAUUUCUUCUCUCUAUUAACUCUUCACUCUUCUUCUUAUUCUUAAUAGUGAUUACAAUGCAGGGAUUAGGCCUCUAUUUAUAGUGGAGAGGCUUAGUAUGAAUACAAAUACAAGUGGGAA